AUGGGUAAUAAUAAUAAAAGAAAUAUGACUAUUGGUAGUAAUAAUAAUAAGAUGGUACGCACUUUAAUAACGGGGUCAGUGUUGGCAAUCACAACUGGGUUACUUUGUUGGGCUUGGUAUAAGAAUUCUGUGGCUUCCACACAAAACAAGGAUCAAGAUGAUAACAAACAGAACAAUAAGAAGAAUAAGGAAAGUGGAAAGGAGAAGAAUACUGUGAUAGAUACGGAUAAUAAGAAACCUUCUAAAUGUAUAAUUGUUACAGAACAGAUUAAUAAUAUUACGAAUGUUAAUUGGGAAAAAUUAUUAAAGAAGGAUGUUGUCUUAUUAUUGUCACCUGAUAUAAGCAAAAUUCAUGAAUUGAAUGAAGAUAAUGUGGAGAAGGCUAAUCUAAGUAAAGUGAUUCAUUGUGAAACAGGUCUUGGUAUGUGGGCAUGCGUUAAAAGUUUAAGAAAGGACCAACUUAUUUGCAUGCCUUCUGAUUUAGAAGAUGGUAUUCCUGAUGAUAUUAAACAUUUUGUUAAGCAAAUCAUAGCAGUAGAUUCGGAAGAAAGUUUCAAGAAAGCUAGUCUUGACGUUUAA